AUGCUUCCGACAACACGGCAGCGCUUGGCCACUCGCCGCCGCCUCCUCGAGCGACUUUUCCAGCUCCCCGCUCGCGAAUUUACCAGCAACACAACGCUCGCGUCCCGUGUGCGACCGCAGCUUCCUUUCCUCUCGAUACCAGUGACGACAACACGGCGCAAAGUCCGUUACUUUACCACCGAAAAGAAGCUAUGGCUGAGGCAUGAGGGCCGGCUCUUCCUCCGGUAUAACAUCUCCAUCUGGGGCUCUCUCGUCUGCGUUGUCGCCAUCGGAUUCAUGCUCAACCAAGAAUGGUUGGAAAAAGACUUCCCCACGCCGCAUGAGUGGUCGUUCCUGACGCGCAUGGGCGUUCGGGGCGCGAAGAGUGCGCAGCGGGUUGCUGGGAAUCGGGGCACAAAUUAUGACGAGAUUAUCGUGUCGUGUCAGAAUGCUCUGAAGAGACUCGAGGACCCCCAGAGUGAUGGCGCUGGUGUUCGGGAGCUUCUCGGUGAUGAGCCCUUGUCCAUUGAUGGUUUGGGAAGUGUGGGCAAGGAUAUUUCGACCAAGGACGAAACCUGGAGGCGAGGCUACUACGAGGUCAUGAUGCUGCUGGCGACGACGCUCGAGCAGGUGGACGGCUGGGUCAAAGAUCGCACUCGCAACAUUGUCUGCCCCCCGGCUAUGGUUGUCGGACCCUCGAACCCCCGGCCUCAGCCCAUGCCUGUGGGAGCGCCCGGUGCCCCGAAAGAAGAAGACUGCGAGGUGGCCUACGAGUCUGCGGAGAAUGCCUACCUUCGGAUUCUGACGACCAAGGGCUUCAGCACCAAGCAGAGACUCGAUGCAGCGCUUGCGUAUGCUUCCUUCUUGGACUUCAAGAAGGUGCCGGAGGCUGCUGCAAGGGUGUACGACUGGGCACUCUCCAUUGCCUUGGAGACUGUCGACCCAUCUUCACCUCCUGUUAUUGACCGUCGAACGUUGACCCUCAACGACAAGUCGACAGCCCCCUCAGAAAACGUCCUAUCUGUUCUCACUGCGAUGGCGACGCACAAGGCCCAUGGCGGUGACGUCGCGGGAGCACUCCCAAUCUUUGUAUCUCUCCUCCGCGCCCGUCGCGCGUUGCCCACGACACCGCCAACCACAGCAAGGCAGAAGUCAUUUGAUUCAUCGCCAUCCAACUUCUGGCAAAAACUGUGGGCACUGGCACAACCACCACAGUACCCCCCGCCUCCGCCUGAUGGAACGACCCCCCCAUGGCGCGACAACAAGCAGCUUUGCGAGGAGGCGGCCCUUCACCUCUACAUUGGCGAGAUUCUUUACUCGAGCAACGAUACACUGCGAACACGCGAGGAAGGUCUCACCUGGACACGCGACGGCGUGGACCUCGCGGAAGAACAGCUUCGCGAGCUGGGCCCCGACACGGCGGCGAACCGAGCGAUGAAGACGACCUGCAGGGAGUGUUUGGGUACAGGGCUGCAUAACUGGUCACUCAUGGUCAAGCGGCUGGCAAAGGAGGAGAAGGCACAGCAGCAGGAGGCUGAGGGGAAAGCCACGGCGGCGGCAGGGUCUACAUCCAAGCUUGGGCGCUUCUGGUCGAGUGCGCCAAACCCGAAGGAGGCAGGGACGCGCUGGGCAGCGGAAGAAAAGGUUGUGUACGAGCGUAUUCGGAGGACAAACGAGCUGCUGGUAGAUGUGGCGCCGCCGUCGGCUGGCUUGUCAGAUCUGCUCCGGGCGUAG